AUGUCCGGCUGCCGAACCAGCGUCCGCUCCGAUGCAUACUGCAAAAAGAAACAGGACCAGAAACAGCGGUACGGCUGGCCCGACGGCAACCCGCCGGUCUCCAUAUUUGAACACGGCCGAAACCUCAAGACGGGCCCCCGCGAAACCUCUGCCCCUAUCAUCCCGUCCUCCUUCGGUCAGCUCCCGUCGACCAAAACCUCAAUCGGCGUCGUGCGCACGUGCAUCCAGGGCUACCUGGAGCGGGCCGUGCUGAGCCUCGCCGGCCCUACGCUCAACCACCCGCUCCUGCUCGGCGUGCUGGCGCUGCAGGUGCUGGCGUCGGACGCCAUGGACGAGGUCUGCACCAAGGGCAUCGUGCCGUACGCGACCCAGCGCCAGACGGGGCUGCACCACUACGACUAUCUGCGAGAGACGGACGCGGCAGUGCUCGGCGUCACCGUCGUCGGGCGGGACCUCGUCGGCACCACAAAGAGGAUCCUGGGCGCGUCGGCAAACCUGACCGGGGGUGGCAGCACGCCGCCGAGCAGAUGGAGGCGUUUGCGCGGUUUUCGGUCGGGGAGAUUUUGCGUGUUCGACGAGUCGGUUGCGGCGGUGGCGGCAGCUGUGGAGAAUGAUGAGGAGGCUCUCACGUCACCAGACCCCACCUGCCGUACCCAAGGGGACCACAACAAAACCCCAGCCCCCCAAGCCCGCCUGGGCCGAUUUACCUCGCGCAACAAUCCCUCGAGUCGGGCGGGACGUGGCCUGGGCGUCGCAACGCUGAACCUGCACAUGGCGCAGUUCCAGCAACGCCAUCGCCGAGAAGAGCAAGCGCGACAGCACCCCGUCACCGUGCCCGUCACCGUCCUCGUCCUCGUCGCCUGGGUCCUGUGGGCCAAGAUCGUCAACCCCCCUGCCGAGCGCGCCGGGCGCCAGGCGACAGCUGCUCGAGGAUCUGCGGUCGGCCGAGGCCGCGGAGCAGGCUGUCUCCGAAAGGUCCGGGUCUGA